AUGGAUCCUAAACGUUUUUAUGGCCGAGCAAUCCCUUCUGAUGGUGAAGACAGCCAACUUUCUGGUAGUGACGACGAUCCAGAGUAUCAGAGCAAUUUCUUUGCUCUGCAGAAAUACGAGAGCUCGGCGCAAAGACGCGUAAAUGCUUGGUUGCUCUACAAGAGGAAUGCCUUGAGCAAACGAGAUGAGUACGCAGAAAGGCUUCUUCCUUUGGUCGACUUCAAGAUGGACCUGGCUGCAUCACUCUGCAAGGCUGGGAAGACUGUGGUGAAGAAGCGAGGAAGGCCUAGCAACGAGUCAAUAGAACAAGCCUCUCAGGAGAAGAGAAAAAGGGGACCAACAGCUCCAGCUUUAACUGAAGAUGUCCGGCUAGAUCAGGUUGGUCACUGGGUCCUUUGGAGCCAGAAGCGGCAGCGCUGCAAGUUUCCAGGCUGCACGGGAAUCUGCAUGAGCUACUGCGUAAAGUGUGAAGUGCACCUCUGUUCGACAAACAAGAGCAAUUGCUUUUUGUACCACACAACAAAAUGA